AAGCGGAUGCUCCUCCUGUGGGGCUGCUGCCGAAACAAGAAGACUGCAUCCUCUCCUCUUCCUUUAAAGCUCCAUUCAGAGAAGAAGAUUACUCCAUCAAUCUAGAGAGAGAGAGAGAGAUAUAGACUAGAUACAAAACCAUGUCUGGAGGGAUUGCUCGCGGCCGUCUUACUGAGGAACGCAAAGCUUGGCGGAAGAAUCAUCCUCAUGGUUUCGUUGCUAAGCCAGAGACUCUACCUGAUGGCUCGGUUAAUCUAAUGGUUUGGCAGUGCACUAUUCCUGGAAAGACUGGGACCGACUGGGAAGGGGGUUUCUACCCACUUGCGCUUCACUUUAGCGAAGACUAUCCCAGCAAACCACCAAAAUGUAAAUUCCCCCAAGGAUUCUUCCACCCUAAUGUAUAUCCAUCAGGAACUGUCUGCCUAUCAAUCCUCAAUGAAGACAGUGGAUGGAGACCAGCUAUUACAGUUAAACAAAUCCUUGUGGGUAUUCAGGAUUUGUUGGACCAGCCGAAUCCUUCUGACCCUGCUCAGACUGAAGGGUACCAUCUAUUUAUUCAGGAUGCUACAGAGUACAAGAAGCGAGUCCGGCAGCAGUCCAAGCUUUACCCGUCCAUUAUUUAAUCUACUGAUUGUGAUAAAAAGAUGGUUUGUCCAUUAUCUCCUCAAUGUGUAAUCUUGAUGCUUGAACUGCAUUUGCUUCUUUUAAAGGCUUAAACUGACAGAGAUGCUAGCAAUAUUAGAAUUCUUCAACCAUCAAUACAAUCUUAUUGUCUAAUUGUGUAAUGCAGCAAGCUAGGGUUAUUUUUUUUUUCUGUUGUUUAAUUGGCUGGCAUAACAAAAAAAAUUAUGGUUUGUUACUA